GGGGGCGGGACUGUGACUCCGACAGGAAACCGACAGAAAGAUGGCUGCAAUCAGAAAGAAACUAGUGAUAGUUGGUGAUGGAGCCUGCGGCAAAACCUGUCUCCUCAUAGUGUUCAGCAAAGAUCAGUUCCCUGAGGUCUAUGUGCCCACGGUGUUUGAAAACUAUGUGGCAGAUAUUGAGGUGGAUGGUAAACAGGUGGAGCUGGCUCUCUGGGACACAGCAGGACAGGAGGACUACGACCGACUGAGGCCUCUCUCCUAUCCAGACACAGAUGUCAUUCUCAUGUGUUUCUCCGUCGACAGCCCUGACAGCCUCGAGAACAUUCCAGAAAAGUGGACUCCUGAGGUCAAACACUUCUGUCCCAAUGUGCCUAUAAUUCUGGUGGGAAACAAGAAAGACCUGCGGAAUGAUGAACACACACGUCGAGAGUUAGCUAAGAUGAAACAGGAACCAGUGAAGUCGGAUGAGGCCAGGGACAUGGCUAACCGGAUCAAUGCUUUUGGUUACUUGGAGUGCUCGGCCAAGACGAAGGAUGGUGUGAGGGAAGUGUUUGAAAUGGCCACCAGGGCAGCACUGCAGGCCAAGAGACGAGGCAAGAAAAGCGGCUGCUGCCUUUUAUAGAGUGUCAGGUAAUGCAGGAUCAGGAGGGAAAUAAACAUCCAAGAAAAACAUCCCUGUGCCUGUUUUCUCUAAGGUGGGCAUAGUUGACUGGGGAGUUGUAGGGAUGAAAAAGGAAGGUCAAAUGCUAUGGAAAAGGCGAAUACAUGUAUAUACAUUUAAGUUCAAGAUUAUAGCUUUUAGCUUUCAAAUAAUAAAUAUUGUAAUCUCAAGUUUAGGAUUCCAUAAACCUGAAAUUAAGAGAACAUGAAGAGAAGGGAACAUCUCCCCUACUCAUACUCUUACUCCACUACAGUUAUCAGACUUAUACCUGCCUAACGAACUGUUGGAAGACAUCCAUGGCUUGCAGUGUGACUGUGCUUGUCUUGUUUUUCACUCUCCUUAAUUUCCAAAGUUAUAACUUUCUAUGAACCCGCUUUUCUUUUCUAUGAACCUGUAAUACUUCAUACUAUUUCCCAUUCAAAUGCAGAGAGUUUGAUUAUUUGCUGUUAAGUAUAAAUACAAAAUGAGACCACCUAAGUGUGUUUUAUACCUGCUUUUUAAUUAAUACAAGUUGAUUGAGUUAACUUGACCUUAAACUGUGAUUGAAAUAAAUCAGAGUGCCCUGUCAAACAUUAAAUUCAGUAUAAUGUACAUUUCUAUAGCACAGUAUCCUUUACUACACAGUUGUGUAGUGUAGUUUCUUCCUCAAAAUAAAUACUGUUUCCAGUUACUUUUUGUAAAAUUACUUUACCAAUAUUUGACAUUAGGUAAUAGGAUAUAUUGCUUGCCGCCAGUUGGCUUUUAACGUGAAACUUUGCAGUGGACUUGAGUCACUUGUGGAAGUGAGUGAAAACAGUUUUUGUGUUGAAGAAGUGACGCUCAGAGGAUAGUUGAUGGAAUCAGUGCCAUGGGACUGUCAGCUAUAGUGAAUGUUCAUCUGCAACAUACAGUAAUUCCACACCUCAGUGUUUUAACCCUUCUUUUGUUCUCUGGAUGUUAGACAUUGACAGGGUCCCCCCCCCACACACACACACACUCUGCCAGUUCACUCAUGUCUACAGCUGUUACUUUUCUGCUCUGUUGUAUGUUAAGUUCACUUUGUGAUAUUCUACUGGUUUUUGUUGUAUUAUUUGCACACAGCUAAAAUCACGAGGUCGGUGUGGUAAACACUUGGAAAAUAUAUGAUGUCAGAUUAUGAAAUACAAAAUGCAAGCAACUCCUUAAGGAUCAGUCAUUUGUAAUAUUCUUUUGUAUACAAAUGUAUCCCGACAUUUCUCCAGUUGUCUUUUGUAACGCAUUCUAAAGGAAAUAAAUUGUAACCGAGAAUGACUAAA